CCGUAUCCCGUUUCCGCGCGCCGCCACAAACUUAAACUCGCUUUCUGCCGCUUUAAACCUGUUUGAAACAAAAAAUAUAUCGAUUGUAACUAAACUGCAGGACUCGAUUUACUUCCUCAUGCCCAUAGAUGUACUUUUUAAGAGAGUUGACAUCAUGUUUUAGUGAUAACUUCGACAAACUUGAACAAAGUUAACUAUUGGUGUUGUUGUGUAAGCUCGCAGGCAUGACUGAACGAAGCUCGCGCUAAACCGGUCCCUUAAUCAAGAGGCCGGAGCUUAAUUUCUCUGGGAUCGCACGAGAAUGCGCCUCGAUGUUUAAGAAAAGUAGCAAAGGUCGGUGCGUGCUAGUGAUCAAGGCCCGCGGCUGGAAACGCAUGCCCAUGAAGCUGCUCAAGUGGGGCCGCAAGAUGCCGUCCACGAAGCAGUACAACCCGGUGCCCAACGACGAGUACGACACGCGCAUCCCGCUGCACCCGGACGAGGCCUUCACCUACGGCAUCAAGUUCCAAGCCAAGUACAUCGGGACUAUGGACGUGCCCCGGCCAUCAAGUCGUGUAGAAAUCGUUGCCGCUAUGCGUCGUGUUCGAUACGAGUUCAAAGCUAAGGGUGUAAAGAAACGAAAAGUGACUAUUGAAGUAUCAACGGAUGGUGUCAAGGUGUCGACGCGAAAAAAACCCAAACCAAAAAAAAAAGGAUCAAAACUAUUCAGCCGCGGCAGCAGGAGUAGUGACGCGAGCAUCGAGAACAUCGACAUCAUGCACCACCCCAUCUACCGCAUCUUCUACGUGUCACACGACAGCUCCGAUCUCAAGAUCUUUUCCUACAUCGCGAGGGACGGCGCCACCAACCUUUUCAAAUGCAACGUCUUCAAAAGCAACAGAAAGAGCCAAGCUAUGCGGAUCGUGAGGACAGUGGGGCAGGCGUUCGAGGUGUGCCACAAGAUGCAGAUCAACACCCCGGAGCAGGCGGCCGCCUCCACGUCCUCGGCCGCCGACGACCUCGCCUACUCCGACCGCGCCAGCGACCAACCGCCUACUAAAGAAGCGGUGUCCGAUUGCGGGGCUUCCGAGGCCAGCGUGGCUUCGACGUCGAAGGUGGUGGUGGAAGUGGUUCCCGAGGAGAAGAAGAACACGAGGCCGACCCACUUGGAGCUGCUCCCGCCUCCUCCCAGGAAGACUGAACGUCGGCCGACACCGCAGCGACCGCCGGCGCCGACCCCGGUGGCCGUGGUGAACCUGCCAUGGCCGGAGGGUGCCGAGCCGGCGGCGGACGGGGCGCCGGCCGACGCGGGCGCGCCGCUCAGCGCGCAGCACCGCGUGCAGCUGCUGGAGGAGCGGCUCGAGAACCAGACCCAGCAGACUCGCGCGGCCGUCGCGCAGCUCUUCCUUCUGCGCGAUCAACUCGCCGCCGAGCAAUCCGCGCGAUGUGAAGCUCAAGCGCGCACACACCAGCUCCUGGCUCACAACAAGGAGCUGCUGGAGCACAUCGCGGCGCUGCUCGCGCACCUGCAGGAGCGCGAGCGCGGCUCCUCCAAGCCGAUCAACGCGCAGCAACUCACUCUGUUGCCACAGAAGGGUGGUGCGAAGAAGAGAACCACGGCGAGCGUUUGCAACGGUAACGCGAACAACAGCCAAGCCAGCGUUGACUCGCUCAUUGACCUAAUCAGCCACGCCAAGAUCACUCAGAAUGUGGAGAACAACAACGACACGGUCGUCUCCGCUUUCAGCAGUCCGGGCUCGCCCCCGAGCUUCGGAAACAUGACCAACGAGCAAAUACAAAAUUAUCUCAUAGCUAAAUUCCAAAACGUCAGCACCGACGGUAUUGCAGAAUCCCCGGGCAAUAAUAACAAUACAACUCUGAAACACAGUCCGUUCUACCAGAAUCGCAAUGCGUUCCCUAACGUUCCGCCCGUCAUCGAUAACUUCAAUAAUGGCGACAUCACGGACUUACUCAACGUCGAACCAUACUCAGCACACAUGGACAACAACCUGGAGCAAGCAAUGAGCGUAGGGCAGUCGGAAGUGUCACUGUACAACGCCAGUCAAGCUACGACAUCCAAAGAUUCAACGCCAGAUGGUUGUAGUUCGGAUGAUAGCGUUCCGUUCAUCAUGCCGCUGUCGCACAACGGGACACUGACUGCCACGGGAGAGGACGGGCGCGUGAGGCUGAUCGUGCCCGUGAGCCCUUCGGGCAGCGUCUCGGACGUGCCGGAGGCUCGCGCCGACCCCGCCCCCGCCCCCCCGGGGAACACCCUCGCGGUGCCCGGGGCCUCCGUCGCAUACGCCGCUCCAAUCACCCGCUCCACCAGCGAAAAAGUGCCAAAUCACAGUCAUAUGAUGACGGCUCUGCGCCAACAAUGGACCAGGCACACUACUAAGUAGAUUAACAAAAACCUACGUGUCGUUCGUAGCGUAUGACUUAGCUAAAUUUAUAAAUAAGAUACGCAAAUUGCGUCUAAACCAUUCUAGUCAAAUUAUCAAUGAUGUACUAACCAAAAAUAUAAUUGAAUAAGCUGUGAUUAUUGAAAAUAGGUAAAAUCUAUUGAUGCAGUAGAUAAACCAGAUAUAACAAAGUGGAAACAUAUUAAUGCAGUCUAAAGACCAAAAUAAAUGAGAAAAAUUUGUAAAAAUGUUCAUAGAAUUUUACAUUUCAUGUUUAUGUUAUGAUUAUUUUAGUUACUAGACAUAUUGAAAUGUAUGUGCCAAACAAUUAAAGAUUAAUAUGCUAUGUCUACUGCUGGUCGAAUUGUUAGUAUUUAUUUCAUUAUAAAUUGACUU